AGCAAUCUCAUUGAAACAUUUGAACAAACAGUUGGUGGGCAUUCUUAUGAACAGCACAAAAUUGACAAAACCAAGAACAAAGUGGGAAUAUUUGAACAACUUGUCCACAAGCAUCAAUCUCAUUGAAGCAUUUCGACGAGCAGUUCAUGGGCCUUCUUAUAAACAGCGAAAAUAAUGAUAUUCAAACGUACCCGAAUCCGCAAUCCAAAACAUAAAGCGAGAGGAUGAGGUAACGAAGCGAGGUCUACUCUCUGCCGCUAUUCCCUCCAUGGCCUCGGCUUGCUGUGGCCUCCCUCGAUUCCAAAUCUCAGCAGCUGUUAAUGGAUCCUCCUACGCUGGGGCGACCCGAAACCGGAACCCGAAUCCUGUUGCUUGCGUGGCAGAUAAUAAGAAGAAGAGAUGCUUGAGAUGCGGGAAUCUGUACGAAGACAGGGAGAACUCUCCCGUUGCUUGCUCCUUCCACGGCCACGCCACGGGUGAGAAGGGGUUAUUCUCAUAUGCUCCCCCUCACCAAGGGAUUGAUGGUGAGUGGAGCGAUAAAAGUGGCGUUAUAGUUUACAAAUGGAAUGAGAAAACUAGUAGACCCAACACUGGGAGUGCAAACUGGAGGAGGAGGUGGAGUUGUUGCGCAGAGUAUGAAGAGGAUGCUUCCCCUUGUAAACGCGGGUGGCAUGUUUCCUAUGAUGAUGGUUUCACUCUUCACUAGCAGUUUAUUUAUAGUGUGAUAAUAUUUGUGACUGUUGUCAUGGCUGCUGAAUCUUUUUCUUAUGAGGUUUUUUUUUAAUGAAACAUGUUAUUUUCUCAUGAACAAAUACU